AUGAUUUGGAAAACGAUUGUUGGCAAGAUUCAGGAAAUCGCUGCAAUGUUUUCAUUGUCAGCCAAUUCUUUGUUGAUUCUACUUGUUCUAACAAAAUCGCCAAAACAAAUUGGAUCAUACAAAUAUUUGAUAAUCUAUAUUUCGGUCUUCGAAAUGUGCUACUCAAUUCUCGAUGUUAUUCUCGAACCAAUGACACUCUCUCGUGAAUCAAUUUUCAUUGUUUUCGUAAAUAUUGAAAAUGCAUAUUUCUCAAGAAACACAUAUCUAAUAUUGAUUUCAAUGUGGGGAGCGUUUUUUGGAAGUUUCAUGGGAUUAUUUGCUCUACAAUUCAUCUAUCGGUAUUUGGUAGCUUCAAGGUUAGUUAGUUUUAUGUUAAUUUAUUUUGUAAAUUUAAAAAAAUAAUUAUAGCUCAAGAUUGAUCAAAACUUUUCAAAGUUAUAAACUAUUUUUGUGGAUGAGUAUUCCAGUUCUUUGCGGUUUGUUAUGGGGAUUUGCAUCUUAUUUCUUUGAACAUCCUGAUAAUCAGUUUGAUAAUGCUAUCCGAGGAGUUUUGCAAGAAAGUUUUGAUUGGAAAGUUGAAAAUGUUGCUUACGUCGGACCUUAUUUAUAUCGAUCAGCAAAUGAUAGUUCUUCUAAACAAAUUCAUGUGUUAAACACCAUUGGUUUUAUUGUUAUUUUUGCGAUUUCAAACUCAUCAAUUGUUCUGACAUUAUACUGUGCAAUUAUAUGUUUCUUCACAAUCAAAAGUCAUACAAAUAAAAUGUCGAAAAAUAUCCGAAAUCUACAUUUUCAAUUAUACUACGCUCUGGUCACACAAACAAUGAUUCCUGUGAUUUUGAUGCAUCUACCAGUCAUAACUCUUUUCUCGUGCACUUUAUUUGAUAUGGAUUUGGGUAACGCGAGUUCUAUUGUUAAUGUGACCAUCGCAUUGUUUCCGGCACUGGAUCCUUUUCCGGUUAUGUUUAUCAUCAAACAAUACCGAAAAGAAAUUAUCAAGAGAUUGAGAAGUUGGACUAAAUCUAGAACAACUAUUAAUACCCAAGUCCAAAUGAUUACAUUAAGGUUUUGA